UCAUUUUACUUUCUAUCGUUUCGUCAAUCGUCAGUCUGUAAACUGUAAUCCCAGCUCCUCCACUUUACAAAGCGUCGAAGCCUAAUCCCUCCACCCCACAGCCGCCGAGAUAUGGCCACACUCCCUCUUAUCCGCCUCUCUCUGCCACCCCGCAACUAUAAAACCGCCUUCAUCCUUCCUCACCCCCUCAAAUCUACCAUCCCAAUCCUCAGAUCACUGCCGCAGAAACCCAUUACCACCACCACCACCACCACCACAACAACCUGCUCCUACACCCCAACCCCAGCCACUGACCGCCUAAUCUCCGCCGCAUCCUACUUCCUCCCCUUCUUCAACGGACUCCAAUACGGCCGCUUCCUCUUCACCAAAUACCCUUCCCUCUCACUUCCCUUCCAGCCCCUCCUUCCUCUCCUCUCUUUCUACCACUCCAUCCCCUACGCCAGCUUCAUCUCCUUCUUCGCCCUUUAUCUGGGCAUUGUCCGAAAUCCUUCGCUGAGCCGUUACGCUCGGUUCAACGCCCUCCAGGCGCUGGUGCUCGACGUACUGCUUGUAGUGCCGAUGCUUGUACAGAGGAUAAUAUCUCCAGGUCGGAGUGGAAUUGGGCUGAAGAUAACGGCGUGGGCACAUUCGGGGAUUUUUGCAUUUGUCGUAGCGUGUUUUGUUUAUGGGGUUGUGAGUAGCGUUCUUGGGAAGACUCCAUAUUUGCCCUUUGUUGCUGAGGCUGCCGGCCGGCAAUUAGAAUGAAUGAUUAAUCAUCAACCAUGUGAUUUGGCAUAUGGAAAAGGAUUGGAAUUUGGAAAAGAUGGUUCCUUGUUUAUUUCCGGUCCAACUCAGAAGCAAAAUUAAUUGAUUGUGCUAUAUGUACAUAAUGAUUUAUA